AUGACGGUGAUUUUGCCCAAAAUUGAGGGUUUGCUGGGGAUGCUUACCAUUCGUUUGAAUGAUGAUAAUUUUGUCAAGUGGUCCUUUCAAUUUCAAUCCGUUUUGCAAGGUUAUGAUCUUUUUGACCACUUUGAUGGCUCCUCAAUUUGUCCACCGAAGUUUGUCAUAGAUACUGAGCUUGGUGUCACUACUGAGGUCACUAAUGCUUAUAAGAGUUGGACUCAGACUGAUAAGGCCCUCUUGAGUCUCUUAAUUGCUACCUUAUCUGAUGAUGCGAUUGAGUAUGUCGUUGGUAGUAAGACCUCUGCUGAGGCUUGGACUCAUUUGCAAGAUAGAUAUGCCAUAGUGUCUAGGGCACGUGUUAAUCAUCUUAAAACUGAGUUUCAUACUAUGCACAAAGGUGUUGAUUCUAUUGAAAAGUAUUUGCUUCGGAUUAAGACAGCUCGUGACCAGUUAGUUGCGGUUGGUGAACCUGAUUUGCUUUUUGUCUACAAGCUCUGUCAUGAUAAUAACUGCAUGGUUACUUUUGAUGAUGCUGGUUAUUGUGUGCAAGACAAGGCAACAAGGGCAGUUCUUCUCAAAGGAAGGAGUAGCAAAGGCCUUUAUCAUUUUCCUAAAUCUCUACCAUUCACCUUUGUUUCUUCACCCACACCUUUUCUUGGUCAGAAAAUAAACCACAUCAUGUGGCAUCAACGCUUAGGCCACCCUACUAAUGAAGUCCUUGUGAAAAUGUUGCACUCUUCUCGAAUAGUAUGUUCUCCCGAUUCUUCAUCUAUGUGCUCAGCUUGCAUAGGUGGUAAAAUGUCUAGGCUUCCUUUUCCUACACCACCUGAGUUACAAUCCCUACGGGUUUUUGGGUCUGCUGUGUUUCCAUAUCUUAGGCCUUAUAAUGAUAACAAGUUGCAGCCUAGAACUUGUCAGUGCAUCUUGCUUGGAUAUGCUAAUGGUUAUAAGGGAGUUAUCUGCUAUAACAGAGAUUCCGGGAGAUUAUGUUUGUCUAGGCAUGUUGUUCAUGAUGAGACUGUGUUUCCUUUUAAGCUGAUGAACUCAACUCAUACCUCAAGUUCUUCUCGAGUGCCUCGUUCUCCCAUGCUUCUUCCAGUAGUUUUACCUGUAGCUCCUGCCCCAACCACAGAUUCUGAUAAUAUCCCACCUCAAUCAUCCAUACCACCAUCCUUACAUUUUUCUUUGCAGGAUUCUACUUCAUCUGCUACUCCUCCUUGCCCUUCCACUAUGUUGCCUGUCCUUACAGAUGCACAAUUACAAGUGAUACUCCCUAUGCGCUCUUCCUCUCAUACUGAUAACGGUCACACGCUUCUCCCUCUACUUCUGUAA